AACAUCCGUUCCGUGUGAUGUCAUACUGUCUCCCUGCUGAUUGGAUGCGGCUCGGCAAAGUGCAUUUGUGAGGUCAAGAGCGGUGGGAGAAUGCGGUGAUAGGAGUAGCAUCUGGAGCCAAGAGGAGGAUGAGAUGGCUGCUCCUGCUACUCCAGAUCCUUGCCACUGUCUGGCCCAGCCGUGCCAUAGUUGAUACUUGCGAAGUCUGUGGAAGGCGCCCCUUGGUGCCAGGCCAUGGUGGCGGCACAGGGCGGACUACGGGUGGGGCCGACGCCCUGCCGGGGGCCUGGCCCUGGAUCGUCAGCUUGCAGCUGCCAACGUUGACGGGGCACAAGCACACCUGCGGAGGCGCCCUCAUCACUGCCCGGUGGGUCCUCACAGCCGCCCACUGCUUUGGAAGCAAAAAGAGCCUUCCGCACUGGCGCGCAGUGAUCGGCGCUUCAAAGCUCUCUGUCCUCGGCUCGGAGGUCCACGUGCGCUACAUCAAGCAAGUGGUGGUGCACGAAGCCUACCAGCCGACCACGCAGGUCAAUGACGUGGCGCUGAUGGAGCUGGACCAGCCCAUCAUCUGCAGCGACUAUAUCCAGCCGGCCUGCAUGCCCGACAGCACUGUCAGCAUGGCCGCUCUGUCUUUCUGCUACAUCAGUGGCUGGGGACUCAGCAAAGCGAAAGGGGUGGAGGCAUCAGACAUGAUGCAGGAGGCAAAGGUCAAUCGCUUUUCCACCCAGACGUGCAACAGCAGCAGCUGGUACAACGGGACCGUAAGAGAGAACAGUCUCUGUGCAGGGUACGAACAAGGAGGCACCGACAGCUGCCAGGGAGACAGUGGGAGCCCCCUCAUGUGCAAGGAAGAGGCCUCUGAGCCGUUUUGGGUGAUCGGAGUCACCAGCUGGGGCCAAGGCUGUGGCAAAGCACACCGGCCGGGAGUCUACGCCGCCACACAGCCCUUGUAUGCCUGGGUGAAAGGGUGGGCAGGACCCAUGCCCCAGCCCCCACCCACCCCACAGCCUGCCCCUUCGGCACCCCGGAAGCUGAAGACACCUCACGUCACUAUCUAUUUCCAUCCUCCGACAAACCCUUUCCAUUGGUCUGAGACCAGCAGCAAGCCCACAGCCUCAUCACAGCCGAAGCCACAAGAGGAGGCCACAUCCACAAGCGCAUCUCAACCCACACCCACGCCCGAAACCAAGCCUGAAACCACAUCCCAACCCACGCCCGAAACCAAGCCUGAAACCACAUCCCAACCCACGCCCGAAACCAAGCCUGAAACCACAUCCCAACCCACUCCCGAAACCAAGCCUGAAACCACAACUCACCCCAAACCCACGCCCGAAACCAAGCCUGAAACCACAACUCACCAGAAACCCACACCAGAAACCAAGCCUGAAACCACAUCUCAAACCAAACCCACAUCAGAAACCAAGCCUGAAACCACAACUCAACCCAAACCCAUGCCUGAAACCAGAACUCACCCCAAACCCACGCCCGAAACCAAGCCUGAAACCACAUCUCAACCCAAACCCACAUCAGAAACCAAGCCUGAAACCACAUCUCAACCCACACCAGAAACCAAGCCUGAAACCACAUCUCAACCCACACCAGAAACCAAGCCUGAAACCACAUCUCAACCCACACCAGAAACCAAGCCUGAAACCACAUCUCAACCCAAACCCAAACCCAGAACUCCAACCAAGCCCACAAUCACAAUUCAUUUCAGGCCUGCAACUCAAACCAAGCCUGAAACCCAAUCUCAUCCCAAACCCACGUCAACACCUCCAACCAAGCCCACAAUCACAAUUCUGUUGAGGCCUGCAACCCCAACUCAAACCAAGCCUGAAACCCAAUCUCAACCCAAACCUACGUCGACACCUCAAACCAAGCCCACAAUCACAAUUCAUUUGAGGCCUGCAACCCCACCCAAACUAAGACCCCCACUUCCACCGCAGGCAAAGCCAGAACACAUACCUCAACCUGAGCCAGAAACCCCUCCUCUGCCAAUGCCCAAAGUCCCACCUCAGGCUAAGAUACCAACCACACCUGAACCAAAUAUCACAGCCUCACCUCAAAGGAAGCCAGAAACCACAACUCAACCAAAGAUCACACCUCCAACAGACCCAGAAAUCAUACCUCAGCCAAAGCCCACAUCCCCUCCUCAAACAGAUCCAGAUGGCAUACCUGCAUCUCAGCCACCUCCCAACCCCCCAACUCCACCUCAACCUGAGAACAGCACUACGCCGGAAGUGAAGCCCCCGUCCCGACCUCAAACUGUGUCCAACACCUCACUUGAACCCAAUAAUGAAACACAACCUGAGAUGGAGCUAGAUGUAUCACCUGAGCAUGAGCAUGAACAUGAGCACAAGCCUGGAGGACCAAAUGUGUAUGAGUAUGAACAUCAAUAUGAGCAUGAACAUGAACAUGAACAUGAGCAUGAACAUGAACAUGAGCAUGAACAUGAGCAUGAACAUGGGAUAGGAGAGCCUUAUGCAUAUGAGUACGAGCAUGAGUAUGAGACUGGAGGGCCACCUGAGCAUGAAACCCCACUGGAACCCACGACGGAAGCGCCAUCGGAACCUGUGACAGAAGCCCCAUCAACACCCACAACAGAAGUGCCAUCGAAACCCACAACAGAAGUGCCAUCAAAACCUACAACCGAAGCUCCAUCAACGCCCACAGAAGCCCCAUCAAAACCCACAACCGAAGCUCCAUCAACACCCACAGAAGCCCCAUCAAAACCCACAACCGAAGCUCCAUCAACACCCACAGAAGCCCCAUCAAAACCCACAACCGAAGCUCCAUCAACACCCACAGAAGCCCCAUCAAAACCCACAACCGAAGCUCCAUCAACACCCACAGAAGCCCCAUCAAAACCCACAACCGAAGCUCCAUCAACACCCACAGAAGCCCCAUCAAAACCCACAACCGAAGCUCCAUCAACACCCACAGAAGCCCCAUCAAAACCCACAACCGAAGCUCCAUCAACACCCACAGAAGCCCCAUCAAAACCCACAACCAAAGCUCCAUCAACACCCACAGAAGCCCCAUCAAAACCCACAACCGAAGCUCCAUCAACACCCACAGAAGUCCCAUCAAAACCCACAACCAAAGCUCCAUCAACACCCACAGAAGCCCCAUCAAAACCCACAACCGAAGCUCCAUCAACACCCACAGAAGCCCCAUCAAAACCCACAACCGUAGCUCCAUCAACACCCACAGAAGCCCCAUCAAAACCCACAACCGAAGCUCCAUCAACACCCACAGAAGCCCCAUCAAAACCCACAACCGAAGCUCCAUCAACACCCACAGAAGCCCCAUCAAAACCCACAACUGAAGCUCCAUCAACACCCACAGAAGCCCCAUCAAAACCCAUGACAGAAGCCCCAUCAACAUCCACAGAAGCCCCAUCAAAACCCAUGACAGAAGCCCCAUCAACACCCACAGAAGUCCCAACAAAACCCACAACCGAAGCCCCAUCAACACCCACAGAAGUCCCAUCAAAACCCAUGAUGGAAGCCCCAUCAACACCCACAGAAGUCCCAACAAAACCCACGACCGAAGCCCCAUCAACACCCACAGAAGUCCCAACAAAACCCACGACCGAAGCCCCAUCAAAACCCACAGAAGUCCCAUCAAAACCCACAACCGAAGCUCCAUCAACACCCACAGAAGCUCCAUCAAAACCCAUGACAGAAGCUCCAUCAACAACCACAUCCGAAGCUCCAUCAACAACCACAGAAGUCCCAUCAAAACCCACAACCGAAGCUCCAUCAACACCCACAGAAGCUCCAUCAAAACCCAUGACAGAAGCUCCAUCAACAACCACAACCGAAGCUCCAUCAACACCCACAGAAGCCCCAUCAAAACCCACGACAGAAGCCCUACCAAAAUCCACCACGAAAGCCCCAGCACCUCAGCCCAAGCCAGAAGCCCCAGCUGCCCCCAAGCCCCAGAAAAAUACCAAUACCACAGUGGCCUCUUUCUUCAGACUGCUUCAGAAAUUCUUGCAUGCUGCCAGGGAGGAGAAGUUGACCGAGCUGGAACUCAAGAAGAAAGGUGCAGAUUCUCUCCCAGAUGCAGGAGCGGAGAAAAGGAAUCCUUGCGCGCAGGCGAAGAACUCCAAAGCGCCCCUGGCACGUGAGUGCCUCACCAAAGUCAGUAGGUCUUAGCAGAGUGACUGCCAAAUAGUACCCCUAAGAGGAACUCUUGUGUCAGAUUUUGUAUUGAAUCCAGAAGGAAAUAAACUUUUAUGUUUGUUA